CACGCGAUCACAUGGAACCCCAUUCAUGUAUGACUUACGUACUUUUCUGUCGUAGUCCAAAUGAAACUGGUCCUUUAGCGCCGAAAAUCUUACUUGGGAAUUAAAUUGAGUCUCCAGGAUCAGCUGUGGUUGGCGUCUUGUUCUGAUAAACAAGUAAUGAACCUCAGAAACAGAUGAAGAAUGGAGGGAAUCCUAUACAAGUGGACAAAUUACAUAAGUGGUAUGUAGUAACUAUGUAGCUAGCUAACUGAGCUUCUGAAUAAGUCGGCUUUGAGUCAGAUAGCUAGCUAGUUAGCUAACAACUAGCUGGACAGGUAGUCAGCCAGAAAAUCAACAUGCUCUAACCUUAGCUAGCUAGUUAGCUAAUUGUCAUUGGAUGCCACUGAGUCAUGCGUCAUGUCUUGCUGUGUUAGCUAGAUAGCUAUUACAGGUUACAAUGAAUUGUGUUGUUUUACAUAAUGGUCAUAGUUAUCAACAUCCCCUUUUCCAGGUUGGCAGCCUCGCUGGUUUGUACUGGAAGGAGGGACUUUGUCCUACUAUGACUCCCAAGAAGAUUCCUGGAAAGGAUGCAAGGGCAGCAUCAAAAUCUCAGUGUGUGAAAUACAAGGUUGGUACUUAUUGGCUUGGUAAAGACUGGCCGGUAUAUUAUGACAACAUGCUAACUGUUGCGCUCCUUUGAACUAGAUGGGCUACACCAUACUGAAGAGUCAAUCUGAAGCUUAGCCUAUAUUGUUUUAGUCAUAAAAAUAUCACUACUCACCAAAUCUUCCAUUUGAAAAGCUCUUUACCACUUCCUGGUUACCUGUGUGCCUAUACACACACAUGACCCAACAUAUAGUGCUCUAGUGUACAUAUUAAGUGGAAUACACAAAGACAGACAAACUAUAGACAACAUAACAACCACAUACGAUUGGCCAAAAUGUCUCCUACACCAGUGGUUCCCAACCUGGGGUACUAGGACCCCUCAGGGUACUUGGCCUAUCCACACGGGGUACUUGAAGACUCAUGAGACCAUAGACUUACUGAUAAAAUGCACACGAGGUGGUGCUUCAGGGGAAUUCCGGGCAGAGCUAAAUUCAGUUGGUGGUACACUAACCCGAAAAGGGUUGGGAACCACUGUCCUACACCCUUGAGGAUGCUGUUAACUCGGGUUUACCCCCUCUCUGUCUUUCUCUCUCUUCCACUCCAUACUAGUCCACUCCUCUGACUUCACACGUGUUGACCUGACCAUCCCUGGAGAACAGUACUUCUACCUCAGAGCCAUCAACGCAGCGGAGAGGCAGAAAUGGCUGGUCGCCUUGGGAUCUGCAAAGGCCUGCCUCACAGACAACCGAACCAAGAGAGAGAAAGGUAAGGUGAUAGCUUUGGGUUACUCCAAACAAGUCUGAAAACACACAAUAGCUUGAAUGAAACAUGAUUUCAUGCUGUUGUGUGGGUAUUUUAUUUGGCUUGGUUUGACCUGUUGUAUGUGAACCUGGUGUCUGUCAUGGACAUGUAGGGCUACAUGGGUGACCUCUUAAAAGCUAUCAAACUGACUUCGUGAAAUGAAUGUGUUAUAACUCAAUAUCUACAGCAGGGUUCCUCAACUGGUGGCCUGUGGGUGAAAUUAUUUGUCCCUCCCCAGUUUUCUGAAGAAAAACCCCCAAAACCAGUUGUUUGUUUGUCUGAACAUGAGACUGUAAAAACACCAGCAAAUCAGCGCCGAGUGAUUUUAAUUUUGGAAAUCUGUUCCAAAGUAUUCCCACGUAUAAUAGAGAGAUAUAUGUGAUGGUAUAAAUGUAAACAAGGUUUGAAAUUAAUGUUUUAGUCAAAUAUUAUAUAUUUUUAGGAUUCUUCCGGUCAAUUUGAAGUCUACAAAUUAUUUGUAACUAUGUUCCGGCCCCCUGACCAUCCGCUCAAGAAAAAAUAAAAAUUGGCCCGCGGCUGAAUCUAGUUGAUGAUCUACAGUAAGCAAGUGAGAACUUCUGCAUCCCAAAUGGCAUCUAUUCCCAAAUAGUGCACAACUUUUCACCAGAGCCUAUUGGCACUGCUCAAAAGUAGUGCACUAAAUAGGGAGUAGGGUGUCAUUUGGGACGUAACCUGUAAAAGUAAUUUCCAGGUGAACAAAAGAGAAGAGCAGUUGCAGAUAAAGCCAAUCCUGUUUAUUACAAGUUACAACAGGGAGACACCUCCAGCACAGAAGCAGAGAAAUGGUCUACUUGGCCUUCUCUGAUCAGCAGACAACUGUUCUGUAAACGCCAGCCGAGAGGCUUGUAGGAAGUCAAAACAAAAGGUGUCAGCUGCUACAGAAUCAGUGUUUCACAGAAAAUACAAUAAUAAUCAGUGUGUUGAGUACACAACAGUCUGGCGUCAAUCACUAUCAACAGAUAUGAGUUUAAUGCAUAACAUAAAGCAUCCAGUCUAGUGACUAUCAACCCAAGACUCACCAACAGAACACUGGACAUUGUGUAUUAUAGAAAGAGAAAUGUAUGCACUGAAUAUGAGCUUUAUUAAUCUUAAAAAUUCAAAUUACACAGCCAAGGAUAUUUUCAAGAAGCAACAUCUCUCUCGCUCUCUCGCUCUCUCUCAGAGUAUCAGGAGAACACAGAGGCUCUGAAGACCAAGAUGUCAGAGUUGAGGCUGUACUGUGACCUUCUCCUCCAGCAAGUCAACCAGAUCAAGGACAGUGAGGAGACUGAGGAGGUAAGACAGAGGGAGGGCUGAGGUUUCAAUGGCCUAUUUACUCUCUGUGCAACCAUAGAAUCUUUUCUCACUGAGUUCAGUAUGGAUGCUCUGUUUGAGUCGCCAUUGGAUUUGGUUGCUAUGUAUGUUGCUAUGCAAAUGACCAGUCACUUUGACAGCACAAGCAAGGGAUAAGCAAUCUGCUUAGGAGUUGAUGGUUGUGUGUCUGUUUCAGCCAGGGGAGAACUCUGGCACCAUGGUGAAGUCUACAUGCACCACCUUCCUCAAGACGUUGGAGGAGUGCAUGCUGAUCGCCAACCGCACCUUCAGCUCAGACCAGGCUACAAAGACCCCGCCCGGGUCACCUCCCGUGGCCACCAUCAAACCCCAGAAGGUACCAACGUACGCAUAGAGAAACCAAAGAUUUUUAUAACUAAACCAAGAUAGACCACAGCCCGUCGUUUCAAAUGGGAACAAAUGAGUCAUAGUGGGCAGAACAAGCAAGGAGGUGGGCAGAGCCAAACACGAACUAGCAAGAUCCUAUUGGCGUGUUCUAGCAUGCAUUUGCAUAUUUGCGUUAGGGAACGCCUACUCUGAAGUGUGCGUGUGCAAUAACUCAAUUCACCUUUGCACCCUUUCUAAACAAUGCAAUUUUUUCGAAAAUCUAAAGUCCCAACCUAGAUUGGAGCCAAUGUCUUAAUUAAGUAGUUGAACAUGUUAUUACUCCAACCUCGUGACAAACGAAAAUGUUUUCAUUUUCGUCAAAAACAACUUUAUAUCGAAGGACAGCCUUUUGAUUUGACGGCCUGCAAAUGCGCAGUUCGGUGCAAGACGACCGUUAGAACCAAUGACGUAAUUCUACGCAUGAGCUUAGCUAGCCAACGUCGCCAUUACAUCGCCUACAAGUGAUCAGGGAUUUCUAUUGGAGAGCAGUUUUAGCCUAUCUUCUUACUGUACUGUCUUUGGCUAAUGUGCUAUUUUCUUUGUUCCACAGGUCAAACCUGUCAAUCAAUCAAAUCAGGAAAAGUAGGUGGCUCUCUUUUCAGAAGUUUGGUUUCAAGCUAACUUGUUGCUCACGGUCUUAACCUUUACACCAGCAUUCCACCUUUAUGGAACACACUCCCUUAUCUCCAUCUUGGAGCAUGCAUGAGACCAUCUGUUCCGGAUGACUGUGUGAUCACGCUUUCCGUAGCCGAUGUGAGCAAGACCUUUAAACAGGUCAACAUUCACAAGGCCGCGGGGCCAAACGGAUUACCUCUCCCUGACCGAGUCUGUAAUACCUACAUGUUUCAAGCAGACCACCAUAGUCCCUGUGCCCAAGAAUGCGAAGGUAACCUGCCUAAAUGACUACCGCCCUGUAGCACUGACGUCUGUAGGCAUGAAGUGCUUUGAAAGGCUGGUCAUGGCUCACAUCAACACCAUCAUCCCGGAAACCCUAGACCCACUCCGAUUCACAUACCGCCCCAACAGAUCCACAGAUGAUGCAAUCUUAAUCACACUCCACACUGCCCUUUCCCACCUGGACAAAAGGAACACCUAUGACUCCCGAGUGGCGCAGUGGUCUAAGGCACUGCAUCGCAGUGCUAGCUGUGCCACUAGAGAUCCUGGUUCGAGUCCAGACUCUGUCGCAGCCGGCCGCGACCGGGAGACCCAUGGGCGGCGCACAAUUGGUCCAGCGUCGUCCAAGGUAAGAGCGUCUGCUAAAUGACUUAAAUGUAUGUGAGAAUGCUGUUCAUUGACUACAGCUCAGCUUUCAACACCAUAGUGCCCACAAAGCUCAUCGCUAAGGACCCUGGGACUAAGCACCUCCCUCUGCAACUGGAUCCUGGACUUCCUGACGGGCCACCCCCAGGUGGUAAGGGUAGGCAACAACACAUCUGCCACGCUGAUCCUCAACACGGGGGCCCCUCAGGGGUGAGUGCUUAGUCCCCUCCUGUACUCCCUGUUCACCCACGACUACGUGGCCAAGCACGACUCCAACACACCAUCAUUAAGUUUGCUGAAGACACAACAGUGGUAGGCCUGAUCACCGACAACGAUUAGACAGCCUAUAGGGAGGAGAUCAGAGACCUGGCAGUGUGGUGCCAGGACAACAACCUCUCCCUCAACGUGCGCAAAACAAAGGAGCUGAUCGUGGACUACAGGAAAAGGAGGGCCGAACAGGCCCUCAUUAACAUCGACAGGGCGGUGGAGCGGGUCGAGAGUUUCAAGUUCCUUGGUGUCCACAUCACUAACAAACUAUCAUGGUCCAAACACACCAAGACAGUCGUGAAGAGGCCACGACAACACCUUUUCCCCCUCAGGAGACUGCAAGAUUUGGCAUGGGUCCCCAGAUCCUCAAAUAUGUCUACAGCUGCACCAUCGAGAGCAUCCUGACCGGUUGCAUCACCGCCUGGCAUAGCAACUGCUUGGCAUCCAACCGUAAGGCGCUACAGAGGGUAGUGCAUACGGCCCAGUACAUCACUGGGGCCAAGCUUCCUGCCAUCCAGGACCUAUGUACUAGGCAGUGUCAGAGGAAGGCCCUAAAAAUUGUCAAAGACUCCAGUCACCCAAGUCAUAGACUGUUCUCUCCGCACGGCAAGCGGUACCGGAGCGCCAAGUCUAGGUCCAAAAGGCUCCUUAACAGCUUCUAACCCCAAGCCAUAAGACUGCUGAACAAUUAAUAAAAUGUCCACCCGGACUAUUUACAUUGACCCCCCCCUUCCCUUGUUUUUACACUGCUGCUACUUGCUGUUUAUUAUCUAUGCAUAGUCACUUUACCCCUACCUACAUGUACAUGUAUUACCUUGACUAACCUGUACCCCUGCACAUUGACUCGGUACCGGUACCCCCUGUAUAUAGCCUCGUUAUUGUUAUUUUGUGUUACUUUUUAUUUUAUUUUUUACUUUAGUUUAUUUAGAAAAUAUUUUCUUAACUAUUUCUUGAACCGAAUUGUUGGUUAAGGGCUUGGAAGUAAGUAUUUCACGGUAAGGUCUACACCUGUUGUAUUCGGUGCAUGUGACAAAUACAUUUUGAUUUGAUCUUCCAUGAUUUGUUAGAAUUCCACUAACUGCAUGAAAAUACAGCUUUAGAUAUGUAUCCAUGAUAACUCUGUGGCCAGGAUGUGAGUGGUUCUUGUCUUGUUUUCCCAGACAGAGGGAGUUAAAAGAAAUCUCAGAAGGAUCUGUAACCCAUGACAACCAGAUCCUUGACUCUGGAGCAGUGGGACCAGACCAACUAGAAGGACCAGACACACUCCCUGAGAGAACCACCCAAACACCCCCUACAGGUCUCUCAUUUACAGUUGAAGUCGGAAGUUUACGUACACAUUAGCCAAAUACAUUUAAACUCAGUUUUUCACAAUUCCUGACAUUUUAUCCAAGUAAAAAUUCCCUGUCUUAGGUCAGUUAGGAUCACCACUUUAUUUUAAGAAUGUGAAAUGUCAGAAUAAUAGUAGAGCGAAUGAUUUAUUUCAGCUUUUAUUUCUUUCAUCACAUUCCCAGUGGGUCAGAAGUUUACAUACACUCAAUUAGUAUUUGGUAGCAUUGCCUUUAAAUUGUUUAACUUGGGUCAAACGUUUCGGGUAGCCUUCCACAAGCUUCCCACAAUAAGUUGGAUGAAUUUUGGCCCAUUCCUCCUGACAGAGCUGGUGUAACUGAGUCAGGUUUGUAGGCCUCCUUGCUCGCACACGCUUUUUCAGUUCUGCCCACACAUUUUCUAUAGGAUUGAGGUCAGGGCUUUGUGAUGGCCACUCCAAUACUUUGACUUUGUUGUCCUUAAGUCAUUUUGCCACAACUUUGGAAGUAUGCUUGGGGUCAUUGUCCAUUUGGAAGACCCAUUUGCGACCAAGCUUUAACUUCCUGACUGAUGUCUUGAGAUGUUGCUUCAAUAUAUCCACAUAAUUUUCCUUCCUCAUGAUGCCAUCUAUUUUGUGAAGUGCACCAGUCCCUCCUGCAGCAAAGCCCCCCCACAGCAUGAUGCUGCCACCCCCGUGCUUCAUGGUUGGGAUGGUGUUCUUCGGCUUGCAAGCCACCAUCUUUUUCCUCCAAACAUAACGAUGGUCAUUAUGGCCAAACAGUUCAAUUUUUGUUUCAUCAGACCAGAGGACAUUUCUCCAAAAAGUACGAUCUUUGUCCCCAUGUGCAGUUGCAAACCGUAGUCUGGCUUUUUUAUGGCGGUUUUGGAGCAGUGGCUUCUUCCUUGCUGAGCGGCCUUUUAGGUUAUGUCGAUAUAGGACUCGUUUUACUAUGGAUAUAGAUACUUUUGUACCUGUUUCCUCCAGCAUCUUCACAAGGUCCUUUGCUGCUGUUCUGGGAUUGAUUUGCACUUUUCGCACCAAAGUACAUCAUCUCUAGGAGACAGAACGCGUCUCCUUCCUGAGCGGUAUGACGGCUGCGUGGUCCCAUGGUGUUUAUACUUGCGUACUAUUGUUUGCUCAGAUGAACGUGGUACCUCCAGGCGUUUGGAAAUUGCUCCCAAGGAUGAACCAGACUUGUGGAGGUCUACAAAAAAAAUUCUGAGGUCUUGGCUGAUUUCUUUUGAUUUUCCCAUAAUGUCAAGCAAAGAGGCACUGAGUUUGAAGGUAGGCCUUGAAAUACAUCCACAGGUACACCUCCAAUUGACUCAAAUGAUGUCAAUUAGCCUAUCAGAAACUUAUAAAGCCAUGACAUCAUUUUCUGGAAUUUUCCAAGCUGUUUAAAGGCACAGUCAACUUAGUGUUUGUAAACUUCUGACCCACUGGAAUUGUGAUACAGUGAAUUAUAAGUGAAAUAAUCUGUCUGUAAACAAUUGUUGGAAAAAUUACUUGUGUCAUGCACAAUGUAGAUGUCCUAACCGACUUGCAAAACUAUAGUUUGUUAACAAGACAUUUGUGGAGUGGUUGAAAAACAAGUUUUAAUGACUCCAACCUAAGUGUAUGUAAAUGUCCGACUUCAACAGUAAAUACACUUGCGUGUUCAAAUGCACGUGCACACACACACCCUGUAUGUAAACCAUAAUCACCUCCAAAGCAUGAGACCUUUUACUGCUCACCAUACAGGAGAUCUGUAGAAAGAGGACCAGCUGAAGUUGAUCAAGUAAUGCCUUCUAGAUGGGAGACAAUGAUGGAUGCCCAGCAGCUUUAUUAUAUCUACCUUAACGUUGAUUUAAAUAACGGACCCAAAUGUACGAAGACAUUACUAUCGCUGGCACACGAUAAAUGUGGAACUCAGAAAGAGCUUCUGUCACUACGUACUAUACCCAGAGACUUGUCUACUUUUAAGAUAGUGGUUUAGAGUUCUCCUUGAAAUGGCAUUGACCAUUUCUGCUUGAAUGGGUUUCACAUGCCAGUUGCUAUGGCUCAUACAUGCCAACUGGAACAGAACAUUUGUUAACAUGUUGUGUGUGUGGCUCUGUGCCAUACAGAGAAUAGCCCAGCCGGCGGGGACCACCAGGACCCAGAGGAGUCUGUAGUGGAGGAGGAAGAGGAGGAGUCCGCUCCCCAAACCAAUCCUGACCCAGAACACACUGACCAACCAGCACAGCAAGAGGAAGAGGAGGAAUUCAAAGAGGUGGAGCAGGAAAUGAGCAAUGCCCAAGAAGAAGAGAAACAGGAAGUGACCCAGGACCAACAGGAAACUGUCACUGACCAAGAGGAAGCCAAGCCGGAGGAAGAAGAGGGAGAAGAAGAGGAGGAGACAGAGCAGGUGGACACAUUCUUCAGUACGAUGAGUCACAGGUAUGGGGACACACCGCAAGAGGGACACAUACUGUAGACCUUAGGGUGAAGUUGACCCUAGACACUGAUCUUGGGUCAGUUUUGCAUUUCCCCCACUAAUGGUUAAAGGGAUAGUUCAGGAUAUUGGCAAUGUAGCGUUAGCUCAAAGACUGGAAGUCUUGGGUAUCUGCUAGCAUGCUAGCUGAUCCAGAAGACUUUCAUUCUUUGCGCUAAGCUAAAUUAGUUAGCAUUGGCUUACGAAACUACCUCCAACUUCCUUCAUACUGAACACAGAGACAUAAAACGCAGAGACAUAGUCGUAUUAAGGGAAAAUAUUUUGAGUUUAAAAUAUGCCAAAUUAUCUGCCAAUGACAUUUUGAUAAUUUAGCUUGGUGCGAAGAAAAAACAAGAAAAGAAAAAACUAAUUUUAAAUGAAUUAUCACUCUAUAAGAUAUUUAGGCUUGCCUAGAUUUCACUUUUUGCAUUGUAGGAUUGGGGAAAGGAAAGCUGAGCCUAGAUCUGUCGCUAGGGGAAAACGUCACCUCAGAGUGUAGUAGUUAUACUACAGCGCUCAAUGUUAAUAUUUCACUAGCAAUAACUAGACAGAACAAGGGCCAACACAUACACUAAUUGUUUAAUACCCUUUUCCCCUGUAAUUAUUCUAGGUACUAUAAUGGCGUUGUGAUUACACAAUGAGGGAUUUAUUAUUGAGAUUCAUCUAUUUAGUGUGUUCAGAUUUUGCUGUGAAUUAUGCAACUCUGAUAUGUACUGUUUAGGUCCAAUGCUCAUGCUUUGGGUAUGAAAGGGCAAAGGUCGUUUUUCCUUGCCUGUGCAAAAACAAAAAGGGUCAAAACUAGUCUGGUCCCAGAUCUGUUUGUGCUCUUGCCAACUCCAUUGCUGUUAAUGAUUGACAAGGAGUUGGCAUGACCGCAUAGACUGGCACUCAGGCUAGGUUAAAACAGGGUCACAUUGAACGUUUUAUGACUGUUUUUAAAUCCAUUUGAACAUUUAACGAGUUUUACACUGUUUUACACUGGUGUGUUCUCUGUUGAUCACAUGACUAUUACAGAGAUGCCCUCAUCUGAUGUUGGGGUCGGUCAUGUUUUUUUUUUGUAAUCAUUUCACUCUUUCUUUUCAUUUCAUUUUGAUGACAUUUGAAAGCCCCUUUUAACAGUGUUAUUCAGCAUUAAGCUAGGAUUUGAAUGAUCAUAACCGUGAUAUGAAUGAUCAGAACUGUGAUGUUCACUUAUGAUGUUACAGUAUUCCAAUGACAGGGAGAGACAAUCUAAGCAGUGUUAACGUGUUUAAGUGCAGUAAGCCUCGAACACAGAGCUAGUGGAAAAAGUCUUCAGAACAACACCAUAGAGGAUGGGGAACAUAGCGGAUAUGUUUUUGAUACAUUAUAACUAUUUAUUAUACAGGUAUAUCCAAGUUAGACACAAGAACUCAAAUCACCCAAUAGCCUGACAGCAUGGUCUUGUGGAUCCUGUCUUUAGCUCCACUUUGGUUCUACCCCAUUCUUUUCUGUUUUUGUUUGAUUGAUUGAAUCAAAUAAAGGUUGCCGAUGCUGGACCUCACUAAUAUCUCCCCUUGUUUGAAUCUCUUUGACUUCUCUUUAGAUUCAGUGAUAUAAGACUGGUUGAAGACAGUGGUAUCCCUACACAAGCCUUUUUGGACUCAUGCUAUGCAAUAGUGCCUGUAUUAGGUAGGACGGUCACUUCUCACUCAUCUGUCUCCUCCUCCCCCCCUCUUCUCAAUCAUUCCAUCUCUUCUAAAUCAUCACCUUUUCCACCUGGUGGUAGUGCAUGCUCUAUCCUUCAUGUUUUCUUCUUUCAGUGUCUUCUUUUUCUCAUGAACCCUUCUCCUCUCACACGUUCGUACCGUUCUCUCCUCUCACACGUUCGUACCGUUCUCUCCUCUCACACGUUCGUACCGUUCUCUCCUCUCACACGUUCGUACCGUUCUCUCCUCAUCUGCAUCUAAUUGAUCAUCCUAUUGGAUGUGUUCUCUGGCUGACUGGAGGUAUUUAUUUCUCUUACUUACUAAUCAACUGGAUGGGUUUCAUGGGAGGGAGGGUGUGUGUUUGGGUGUGUGUUUGGGCGCGUGUGUGUGGAGUCUGGAAUGUGUAAUCCACCUUGAAGAGAUACAACACCCCUCUGUCCAUUGUUCAUGUGAUCCGACCCACCAUAAUGCAUGUCAGUGUGAUAAACUAUAUUCAGGUACUGGGAUGUAUUAUAUGUCACACACAUUGCUCUUGAUCCUCCAGGCUUUACUGUCUCUUCCAUGUUAUACUUCGUUGUUUUGUCAAUGUAUUAUUCUAUUGAAAUCUACAUCAAUUUGUAAUGGUUCAUCGGGAAUAAAACACCAGGGGGGGGGGUUUCCCGGACACAGAUUAACACUAAUCAUUGACGCAAAAGCAUUUUCAAUGGAGAUUCUCCAUCGAACUGGCGUUUUAGUCCAGGACUAGCCUUAAUCUGUAUCCGUGAAACCGCCACACAAGGACAAACAAUAGUGUAAAAAAUAUCCAGCACUGAAGUGACAUUGGACUCUCUCUCCACAGACAAACUAGGAUCCACAGUAUUUGCGCCAGUUAAAAUGGAUUUUACAGGCAACAUCAAGGUAAGAGGAAGGGCUGCCUUGAGUUUAGAACAAUGUUUGAUAUUACAUUACAGGAAAUGGAACUUCGAUUAUAUUUACUAAAACCUUAAAAGCUGCUCAAAUCAGCAUAACAUUCUGGGUGCAGAUGUUAUAAAAGCCUCUGGCCAUUAUCAACAGUUCUUUAAAUGACCACAAGAGGGACACACAUGCAAAUGACACCCUAUUCCCUAUAUACAGUAGUACAGUACUUUUGACUAGGGCCCACAGGGCUCUGGUCAAAAGUAGUGCACUACAGAGGAAAUAGGGUACAAUUUAGGACACCCACCCAGUCUCCUUAACCUGUCCUGUAGGCACUUCAGUUGUGCAGAAUACACUCUAAACAAAGAUUGUUGUAACAGUUGCUGUGCUAGAAGGUGAAAGUGAGAUAUAAGGCAGUGCUGUGUGUAUAAAGCACUGGAACAUUUCACAAGCAGAGCUUUGACACAAGUACUUUACUCUACUGCCAACGAAAAUAAGACACGGUAUAGAGUGUUGUUAUAUCAUGGCACAAGUAACCCUGUUAAGUGGCAACGCAACACGACCAACCAGAUUUAGAAACCUAUCAGAACUGCUGGGCUGUGUCCCAAAUGUAGUGUAAUAUAAAGGGAAUCGGGUGCCAUUUGGUCCGCAGUCAUUAUCUUUAUGGUGACAAGUCCUUCUGCCUCCCUGUGUGGCUGUCUGUAGAAGAUCCACCAGAAGCUGUCGUCGGACCCAGGCAGCUUCCCCACACUACAGACCAUAGUGCUCCACGAGGUGCAGACAGGCGUGUCCCGCGUCCGCAACUCAGCCACCGAGGCCCUGAUGUGGCUCAAACGAGGACUCAAGUUCCUCAAGGAGUUCCUGUCCCAGGUCAACUCUGGGGAAAGGGAUAUCCCCGGAGCGCUGGGUGAGUUAGCAUCGCGACACUGUGGUACACACACACGGUUAAUGGUUAGGUGAUAGUCCUCUUUUGGUCUGAUGUAAUAUACUGUAUAAUGUCCUCUGUAUUCCUAACACACUCCUCUCCAUUCAGGUAAUGCUUAUGGACGGAGUCUGCGUCAGUAUCAUGGAUGGGUCGUGCGAGGUGUAUUUGCUGUGAGUAAUACUUAAUAAUCAGUCGUCAAGCUCCUUUUAGAGAAACAGUUUAUAGUUGGAAAAAGUUUCCCAUCAUACAAUCAUGCCCACUAUGGUGUGUGUGCGUGUGUGUGCGUGUGUGUGCGUGUGUGUGCGCGUGUGUGCGCGUGUGUGUGUGUGAGCCAAGGCUACUAUAGUAAACUGAAACAAACUAAUCAUGGGAAAAAAACUAUUUCGUAAACGGAAAUAAAAUAAUUAACAAAUCCGUCUGUAAAACUAUACUGAAACUGUUCUCUUUGACUCUAAAACGAACUAAAAUAAAAUAAAAACAUGAAUUAUGUUCAGUUUUAGUUUUUUUGGGGGGGAGCAAAAAUCUAAUGGGGUUUUCAAUGGGGUUUAAGGAUUUCUAAUGGGGUUUUCAAGCUUGGUAAGUCUUAAAGCAACCGACUGUAAAUGGAAGUCAAGGAGUGUAGUCGGGGGAGGUGCAUCUGCGACAGCCGAAAGUCGUAUACUAAUGUAGUUCUCUAACAGCAAAGGCACAGAUCAACAUGGCAGUGUUGCCAUUGUUUUUAUAAAAGGUUUUCUUUAUAAUGUUGAAAUAAACACAUAUCUAGCCCCCAUAUCACACACUCACACUGAAAUCAUAAUAUAAUAAUGUGUACACAUUGUACAAUCAGUGAAAGAGAGCCUCAUAUCAUUUAUUUGUAUACAUCCACUGCACACAAAUCACAGCAAAUUGGUUCCUGUUUCAAUCAUGUUUGGUCACGUUCGCGUGGGCCAAACAAAAAAACCCUAAUGAUUGUUUGACAAUAGAGACUCCUACAUUACAUUUUAGUCAUUUAGCAGACGCUCUUAUCCAGAGCAACUUACAGUUUAGUGAGUGCAUACAUUUUCCCACAAUGCAUGCGAUGGCUGCAGGAGGAAGUCGGUGAAGAGCAACUGCAGAAACUUGCAGUCAAAACUUCAUGACCUUUUGAUCACAAUUUUUGUACAGUUCAUACAGUUGACAUUAGGUGCAAGUCUGACAAUUUCUUUCUCCCCAGAAUGCAACACUUUUUGAAAAGGCGGUGACCAACGAUGGUCACCUACUUGACAAAAGUGAUCUACUUGUCAGAACGCGUCCAUUGAGACGAUCACAAUUGUAUUUUUUUACAUUUUAGUCAUUUUAGCAGACGCUCUAAUCCAGAGCGAUUUACAGUUAGUGAGUGCAUACAUUUUUCAUACUGGACCCCCAUGGGAAACGAACCCACAACCCUGGUGUUGCAAGCGCCAUGCUCUACCAACUGAGCUACAGGAGGCCACAGUGCAAGACUUUGCUCUCACACAGGUGCUUCAGCUGCUACAACGUGGUACAGGACCAAAACAGCGGAGUAGUUUAGCCUUGGGCUGCAAUGCUCCUGGUUGUUGUACCUUUAAACUUAACCUAACCUAUAACCAGACCAAUCACCUUAUGCAUUACUGCCCCACAGUGGCAAGAAGUGACAUCACAAAAAACUAAAGGCAUAAAUGGCUCCUAGCCUCCCACACACAGGCUUCUUUCUGUGCCUAACACUCAAACUGAAAUUUAAAUAAUCUAAAAACGAAAUAUAAAUGUUUUUAUAAAACUGAAUCAAAAUGAGUAAAGUGGAUCUGCAAACUAACUGAAACUAAACUGAAUUUAUAAUAAAAAUCUUAAAAGGAAUAUAGAAAUACAAACCUAUAAUGACCUUGGUGUGUUUGUGUGUGAGACUGUUUGUUCAUCUCUUCCGUUCCCAGCUGGCCCUCCGAGCAGCACCAUCCUACAGCAGCUUUGCGGCUGCCCUGGUGUCAAGAGAGGGGGAUGAACUGAAAGAAGGAUUCAACACAGGCAUGCACCGGGACCUGGGGGUCUACCUGCCUGCCAUGGAGAAACAACUGGCCAUCCUGGAUGCCCUGUAUGAAGAAUACAAUCUGGAGUCAGAGGAGGUAGUCUGAGACGAGAUCCCUACUGGUGGUCUGAGACUGACUGGGACACAUUACCAGAGGAGGAGGAGGAGGAGAGCUUUCUGAGACUCCGACCAUCUGGGAUACACUGACGGAGGAGGAGGAGUUAUAGGAGAGCUUUCUGAGACUCAGACCAUCUGGGAUACACUGACAAAGGAGGAGGAGGACAGGAGGAAGUGGAGGGAGAGGAGAGAGCCCCCUGGAGGUGUGGGCUUGGUUGGUUGGCUCCCCAAGAACAGGGUCGAGCCCCAGGGAGCAUGCUCACUAGAUUAGCCAAUCAGAGCCAUCCGGAGGAUCGAGGGGCGUGAGUGAGUGUGAGCAUGCCCGGUGUAAAAUGAGAUGUCCGUAAUACCAGGUGUUGUCUCACUCUUAACUCUGGAACAAUGCAAUCUACAUAGGUCUAAUGGCUGUAGAGGGGCUAGGCUUUGGAGGGGGGACUUUUUCAGGUUUUCAUUCUAGUGGUUCAGACUCAGUACUUCCAAUUACAAAGGGUGCCCUGUUUUACAAACUCUAACCUUGGUGGAAUUGAAUGGUGGUCUUCUGACUGAGCACGCGUCCUGACGAUGGAUGCACUCUUCACUCCGUUAUAGUGGCUUUGACUGUACUUGAUGUAGUGUACAGUACUUUAGACUUAGGCUAUUUUGAUCUGGUGACUUCCAUGAUGAAGAGGUGCACCAUUGGUUGCUGAGAAUGCACAAAUAUGAACUUUUACUUUAAAUUGAGGCUGAUAUUAUUAUUAUUAUUAUUAUUGAUAUAAUUAUUUGACAGCAUACUGUCCAUAGGCUGUAUGUAAUGAACUGCCUACAACACUGAGGAGUAUAAUGUAGUGGUCCUAGUAUUGAUCCCUGCUGAACUCCAUACAGCAAUAUAUCUACAUGGAUGACCUACGCAUCUCCAGCCUCCACAACCGCCUCCAGCCUCCACAACCGCCUCCAGCCUCCACAACCGCCUCCAGCCUCCAGCCUCCACAACCGCCUCCAGCCUCCACAACCGCCUCCACAACCGCCUCCAGCCUCCACAACCGCCUCCAGCCUCCACAACCGCCUCCAGCCUCCACAACCGCCUCCAGCCUCCACAACAGCCUCCACAACCGCCUCCAGCCUCCACAACCACUCAUUCUCUCUCACAUUGUCUCAUCUACAAACCUAUUGUUUACCAAGUGA